GUUGAAAACUUUGUGGGACGAUCAUGGAGCAAGGGAAGCAAGCCGCCGAGAAGUUGGCGAAGAACAUCCCCAAGAGUGGGUCGCCGCUGGCGGCAUUGGUGCAGGGGUUAGUUGUGACCGGCGCGUUGGGAUACGGCCUGUACUCGUCGUUGUACGACGUCAAGCCCGGUGAGCGCGCCGUGAUCUACAACCGGUUGUCCGGGGUCAAGGAUCAGGCGAUUGGGGAAGGCAUGCACGUGAUGUUGCCUUGGUUCGAACGACCCGUGAUCUUCGAUGUGCGCACUAAGGCCCAUCAAGUGAGCUCACUCACGGGGUCGCGCGAUCUUCAAAUGGUGAACGUGAACCUUCGCGUGUUGACUCGCCCCAUCAAGGAAGAACUGGCGUGGAUCUACCGCCGCCUCGGGGCCAACUACUCGGAAACCGUGCUUCCUUCCAUCGUCAACGAAACGGCGAAGCAAGUCAUGGCUCAAUUCAAUGCGAGUCAAUUGAUCACACAGCGUGAACACGUGUCGCGCCUGAUUGCGCGCAACUUGAAAGAGCGUGCGUUGGAGUUCAAGAUCGACGUCGAGGAUGUGUCCGUGACCCACUUGAGCUUUGGCCGCGAAUAUACCGCCGCCGUGGAAGCGAAGCAAGUGGCGCAACAAGACGCCGAGCGUGCGCGCUUCAUAGUGGACAAGGCGAUCCAGGAGAAGAAGUCGACCAUCAUCCGCGCCCAGGGGCAAGCCAAGGCCGCCGAGUUGGUCGGUGAAGCCAUUAAGAAGAACCGCGCUUUCACACAGCUGCGUCGAUUGGAUGCCGCCAAGGAAAUCGCGCAAGUGAUGAGCCGAUCGCAGAACCGCGUGUACCUCAACUCGGAGUCGCUCCUGUUGAACUUGUUGCAGGAUUCCACCACGGGACAGUUCAAGUAAUGUGACAUGGAGUAGGAUUGAGAUGAUAGAGGACUCCCGAGAUGUAUCGCUAGUAUACGUAUAACAAAAGUAUGGGCACGGUUCCGUGGCACUUUUUGGGACCCUUCGAUGGUGGGGUUCCUUUAUUCCAAAUUGCUACUACCUCUGGACCAAUUUACUCGGGACAUUUCUCUUCUCAGUGAGCCGACAUAAUCAAUUUUUACCCAAUUUUGAC